AUGCCAGGACAAGUACGGCAUCCUUCUUGGCUUUAACCGACGACCACAACAAGAAAGCCGAGGGUGAAACAAGAACUCUUCCUGCUGCCCCCUUUCCCCCCGGCUCACACACACACACACAAACCUAGGCCCGGGAAAAGCGACACAGUGUUUUUGUGGGCUCCGAAACCGGCCUUCGAAAGGCUUCGUCCUCUUAAAAGAUUCUUCACUCGGCCACUACUACCAUUCCUCAACCCGCUGUAAUUCCGGUUUCCCAUUGGCGAGCGAAGAAGAAAAGGUGCGUCCACAACGUUUUUUUACCGCUUUUCUUCGGAUUUUAGGGGAUUGAAAGAGCAGAAAGUUUGGCUAGAAACUUUGGAGUUCCCUCUGAAAAAUUAUGAGCCAUUUUUUUCUUUGGCAGUUUUUUUUUUAUUUUUCUUUUAGCAAGUAAAAUCAAAAAGAUUUUGACCAAAAAUCAUGGCAGUUUUCGAAAACCGGGGGUCAAAAUUCUCGGAUGGAUGAUAAAAAAUCUUAAUUUUAAUUUUUCUCGCAUUCCAUAAAAAUCUCAGCAUUACCUUUUGAUUUUUUAGUCAUCAUUUUUCAAUUUUCUCCUUCGUACUUCAUUAUUUUUGCAUUCAAAAAAGUCGGCCAAGACGUAAGCCAAGCCAUUUUCUGCUCCUUUAAAAUCUUUCUAAACCGCUUAUUCAAACACCAAUUCAAUUAAUUUAUCAACCAAAUAUAGCAAAAGUCUCCAUAGCAACCCGAUGUUUAAAUCUUCACUUGCUUCCCCCCGAAUUUAUUUUUUCGAACGCCAACAGAAAACAAUCUCAAUAACAAGCCGUUUAGACUAUAAAACCAAAAGCGCAUGAGACCAUUGACUCCUACAGGAACUUGGGCGUCCUUUUCGGCCCUUGUUAUCGACCCUCUCCGCUUCUCUCAACACUGUUCUGGCGGAAAAUUCUAGGUGUUCGGAGAGAUUUAUUAUAAAAGAUUCAAUCGUUGAGUAAGAAAAUGCUCAAGUUAAAAGCUUGGAUUUGAUUAUUUUUGAUGAAAUCUGGGGGGAAUUUAGGUUAGGACUCUCAAAGACAUGUCCGAGGUUUUAACAUGAGAUUUGCAAAAAUUGCUGCAAUUCAUUGUUCGAAUGGUGACGAGAAUUCAAGUUUUUCUUGUUUUUUGAAACAAGAAGUAUUUAUUCUACGGAGCGUUGUGUUAAAUGUUGGCUAUAAAAUCUCCUAUAAAAAUAGGUUUCUCUGAAAAGAUUGUUCAAUAUCUUUGCUGGAUUUGCCAUGCAGCUGCUCAAAUUUUCAGCCAUUGAUCAGGAGUGUAUGCUGAUUCUUUGCUAGAGUUUUGGUAAAAAUCGACUAGUCGAACAAAAAGAACUGAGAGGGAUUUUCGAGGGCCUUUGAGGUUUGAAUUAAUCAAUGGAUUUUCUAGAUCAAUGCUUAAUAUUAGGCUAGUUUGAUUUCUAACUCUUGCUGAUUUUUUGACUAAAAUUUUGAAAAAAAUCGAUGUCCCCCCUCUAAGAUCCUGCACCUGAAAAAACAUGUUUUUACAGGGGAUUUCUUCAAUUUUUUAUGUAGGAAAUAAAACAACGUCAUCCAUUCGUUCACUCCGAACACUGUGAAAAACACGGAACGGGGUCUUCUGAACGUCCUGGACCUUCUGUCUCGGCUAUUCAAUUUCUCUGGCCCAGGCCACAAUCCUUUUUCUCCGCAUCCUUUCACCCGUUGUUUUCUUUUCCCCUCAAUCGAGAAUGAUUUUCGCCCCGAAAAAAGUGGAAAAAUAAAAACUUGGGGGAAAGAGAAGGGGGAAAGAAGAAGAAAAAAGAGGAUGGAAGGUGUGCAGGACAAAGUGCUGCUGACCAAGAGCGGAAUCGGGGUGAAACGUAGCUUUUCGAAGCCCUUUCGUUUCUUUAACUUACAAUAUUUUCGGGGCGAGUUUUUCCAGCUUCAUGAGACGGCUGCUUCAAUUUUCGAAGUCGAUUUUCGCGUCCUCUUACUAUGAAUGUUUUCAGGGUUUUGGGGAGAUUUUACUUUAGUUUUAUUUUUUAAUGAGACUUGGAAGGUGUUAGUUUGUUUAGUUGGAAUUAGGUUGUUUAUACAGCCGUUUGUUUCGCGUUUUAUAUUGAUUUUUUGGCUUCGUUGGACGCGAAAUUAAGCUAAACAUUUGUUUCGACAUGUUGUGAUGAAACUUGGCAAAAAGUGGAUUAAUAUUUUUGAAGACAUAAAAGACCAUUUCUCAUCAUUUUUUUGGGUUUAUCCUCUGCAAGGAUUGUUGAAUAUCUCGGUGCUACUUGCAUAGCAUUUGCUAAAAUUUUCAGGACUUCAUAAAAUAAGUGCAUACAGUAUUUGGGCAAAAUAUGAAAAAAUUCGGUUGUUUUAUUUUUGAGAAUUAAAUUUUCAAUUUUUCACAAUUUUUUCCAAUUUUCACCCAUUUUAUUUUUUCCAAAAAUAAUUUCCAAAUCCGCUGUCAUCGAAAAAUUUAGCCACUAAAAGGGCCCUCGGACAUAUUGGGCUUGCAUGACACGUGAUGAGACAAACAAACUCUCCACUGUUAGAUUGUUUUUCCACCCUUUUCCUUCUCUCGCCGCGAACAAAAAACUUUUUUUCGAAUUUUUCUUUUGGAAAAGACACUUGAAUCGGAUCACCCCCAAAUUCCAGCAGCCCACUACUCUUCCAUUUUCUUUGGUUUUUAUAAGACUUGCGAAUUCUGUUUUUUACACCGUUUUUCGAAUAUUUUUUUUUAUAUUCAAAUUUCUCGAGGGCGGAAAAUUCGAUUUUUUCCAAAUUUGGCAGUGUCUUUCUGUGUGGGUGAAAGGUCAAUUCCUGAAAAUUUUAGUUCGUGGUUUGUAAUUUCAACCGAGAUAUUCGAUGUUUUUUAUAAUAGACUAGAGGCGAUUUUUUUAAUUCUUUGGGAUUUUUUCGAUUUAAAAAUCUCGAUAACCGCUGGAUCGCGCGAGCUGAAAAUCUAGCCUGCGCUGUAGCAAAUUCUAGUCUUAAUUUAUGCCAAGUUUCAUCCAAAUUAAUGUAUUUUUAAUUUUCCAAAAAAAAUAUUUUUGAUUUUCCAACUUUUCACAAAAUUUCCGGCCACUUUUCAACCUUACAUUCGCCCAUUUUCAGUCACUCCGCAUUGUUGUUGAACGCGGUGCCGCAGCAACACGACCAGCAGCAGAGCGUGGCCCGGAUGGCCACCACCGAAUCGGGUGAGCAGAUCGUGGCGGGCGCCGGCUCCAGCGCCUUCAAGUGCGACGAGCCCUCGUUGCCCGCGUCGCUGGACACACUGGCCUACUCGUCGGCGCCCCUCCUCCAAACCCCGCCGCAUUGUGUGUUCCGCACGGCGGUCGCGCAGCCGCACUUACAGGUGGGUCUCAGUUUUUGGGUUGUGUUUUUCAAAUUUAGUGAGGAGCAGCGAGAUUAGCCCGCGAAAAAGGAUUGGCGUUUUCUGGAAACUGCUGGCUUUUUCUCGGCAUUUCUGGGAUCUGUGGCAAUUUUUAUGGAGGUCUUAGACGACGUAGUCUUUUCUGAGGUCGAUUGCUCCUAAAAGUAAAAUUUUUGGGGCGAUAAUUGCUUAUAUUUUGAAACUUCGUGCUAGUUUUUUUAUAAGGCCACAAAAAAGAUAAAAUUUUGAUGACAUUUGGCUCAAAUUGAGGCUACAGUUGUCUAACAGCUACCGAGAUUUUUAUGCUUUUUCCCAAAGCUUGAUUUUUUUCGAUUUUUAAAAUCUGGCCAAUUCUCACCAGUUUUUGGUGUCCGUCUGAAAAGACCGUUCGAUAUCUCGGUAGGCUUUGCAAAACAAAGGCCAGAGUUCUAAAGGAUGGGUGAGUAAAAAAAGCGCGCCAAAUUUGAAAAAAAAAUCUGCGCGCCGCAAUUCGAACUAUUUCCCGAACAAGAAAUUUUUUCGUUUUUCGAUUUUUAGGCCAUUUUGCCGGCCUUUCGUAAUCAUUUUCUGCCUCCCUCUUGAAUUCCCAAUUCCCUGUGAAUUAGAGCGCCGAAAAAUAACAGCCAUAAUUGGCCAUACGGUAGGAAUAACUUACAAUUUUCGAAAAAACAAAGCCUAAUCCCUCCCAAAAUACAAAUAUCAUCUAUUUUCUUUAAUUUCCCACAAUUUCAAGGCCAUCCUUUUUUGUUGGGACAUUGAUCUUUGCUCGAUCACGUCAUAGGGGGGACCAACAGAAUGUCUGCUGAUCAAAAAGGGCUCGGAAAAUCACAUAAAUUGAGGUGAUAUUAUACUUGGCGUUGAAGGUGAUGAGCGUUUCGUAGAUAAUGUUUUGACCUUUUUGUUGACUUCUUUUUCACCAUUUCGACAUUAAGAUGGCUUGCUAGACGUGUUUCUGAUAUUUUUGGGAACUUUUGAAAGGAAAAUUUAAGAUUUUUGAUAUUAAUCUUCACACAUGGUGUCUAGAGGGUAAGAUAAGGUCAAAAUUGUCCGAAUUUGGUCAAGAAUGGUUGGCCAAGACAUAGAUUUUGAUCUGAUUACUCAUUAGAAAUAAUUUAAAGUCCAUCUCUACCACUCUACGUUUAGCCACCCUCUAACACUGUUUGUUUACAAUGAUAGUCAUCAAUUUCUUGUUCCGAGAAGAGAAAAUUUAUUUUUCCCCCCAUUUUUUUGGUGAGUAUAAAUUUCCUUCAAGUACCAUAGUCAACAACUCUUUGUCUUCUUAUUCCCGACGCCGACCGUUUUAUAUCACAUGUUUUUCCGAACCCUUUUCUGACCGCACUUUUUCCUAUAAUUUUGGGGGUUUAGCCGAAAUUCGUGACCUUUUUUCUAUUCGAUUUUCGUUCUUUGAUGGCGAGUGUUAGGCAGUAUGGUUGAGAUUUGGCAAUUUGGUGGUUGCAUUCCUGACGAGGCAGGUCGAUGAGAAAUUUUGAGGGGAUUGAGACGCAUUUCCGGGCAUAGGUUUAUAUGAUAGUGGGACUUUGCCUUGUUUUUGAUUUUUAUGUCUGAUUUAAUAUAAACUGAUCAUGUGAUUUGAGCUUUUCUAGACACUUUAGAGUCUUUGGAUUCAACAGUCUCACAAGUUUAAGUUUAAACAUUGAUUUGUGUCGGAAAUUCAUCUGACUUCCGGGUUUAGUCAUCAAGUAUAAUAUCGAUUUCUGUUUAUUGCGCAAUCCCUUUUCCGACCCACUUUUCCCCGUCCAAAUAUCCUUACUAAUCCAUCUCCGUUUCAGUACUCCAACGGAAAUCAUCAAACCCCAGUGAAGCCGGCAACGGAACAACUUGUCCCCAUGCUAGCCAUCCCGUCCACCUCCAACGAGAAUCUGAACAUUUACGGUGUCGGGCCGCCCGACUACCGUCCCAAUCGCACUCCACCCACACCCACCCAUCCUCAGCUUGUCCCACAAAACAUUCCCCAGCCCAGUCUCAACGCUCCAACGGGUAGCAACGAGUCGUUGUCCAACAACUCCGUCUCCACGAGCGGGUCGGCCCACGAGAACGCGGAGAACACCCCGAAACGGCCGACCGAACUCCAGCCGAACGGAAAUUCAACGGGUAACGCGACCGGAGCCUCGACUCCGGUCAGUGUGAAGCCACCACGCAAACGGAAAGCCGCAUCCGGCGAAACGAAAGCAAAAACGCCCAGAAGUGAGAAGAAGGAACGGGGAGAUCGGGUGAGUUCUUGAUUAUUUGCUUUGAAUUUUAGUUUUGUCGGGAGAAACUGGCCGUAGAACACUCUUAUCUAACCAUUCGGGUCAAAGAACUUGUUUCUGUUCUUUGACGUUCCGAAAUUUCGCGGGAAAUUGAAAAAUUCAAAUUUUCGGGGUACAAUUUUUUUUUGGUUUUUUUGGGGUUUUGGAUUUUUGAUGGGUAAGGUUUAAUAUCGUCCAUACUGUGGUGGCAGGCCUAGCAGACUGGUGGUUCUAGGUCCUACUUCUCUUUCUCGCAUCCAGACCCAUCAAAUUUUACAAAAAAACUGAUACCUUCAUCAUGCUCCAGGUGUUGGUGGGUAAAUUAUUUUUUACUUCUUGGAAGAUAAAGAAAACCAGCCGGUUUUGGUAUUUUUAGUAAGCCUACAGACUUUUUAGCUAAUAGAAAUCAAUUUUAGAAUUUAGUUUUACUAAAAAAUAUUAUUCCGGAUCAAUUUAUUUUGCUGCUACCUAAAAUAUUAUUUUUCUUCAAUUCUUUGAUUUCAGACUCCAAAGCACGUCAAGGAGCACAACGGCAGUUUGCCAUCGGAUCCUCAAACUCCCACCUCGGUGAAUGGUCGAGUUCCUUUCCGAAAACGGUCGCUUUCCCAGGAUUCCAAGGAUCACAACUCCUUGUUGGAAACGAACGACUGUAAAGAUUGUAAAGCCGAUGGAAACGACAAUUCCAUCCUUCCCACCUGCUCUUCCUCCUCCUCCACCUCCACAGCUUAUCAGAACGAGCGGCAGGUCAAGCAUCUUGGCGAGGAAAUCCAUCGAUUGACCAGCGAACUUCAAACUGAGAAACGAAGAACAACCCAAUACAAGGAAGUUAUUCGAUUAUUGCUCGUGGAGAAGUCCAAGGCAGCUCGAAAAGAUGCCAGAGAGAAGAAUCUGGAGGAUCAGCUGCGGAUUGGGCAAUUCCGGCCAACUAGGAUAGGAGAGCAUUUCAAGGACCAAUGGACAGACGGGUAUGCCAUGGAGGAGAUAAACAUGAAGUUGGAGAAGCUGAACAAGGAGAAAAAUGAAAUCCAGAACAUGUCUGGUAACCUGCGGAAGCGAAAAGGAGCAAAGGAAUCAAAAAGGUGAGUGUUCUACGUGAUUUUUUCGAAGUUUAGGUUGACCUUGACCAUGGUUAAUGUAGUGCUGAAUAAUGCAUAAGAGGAAAUCGAGAGGUUUCUGUUUUCUAAAUAAGAAUUGACCUUGGUAAAGCCUUUUGGAACAAUUUAAGCAUGGAGUCCUCUCGAAAAUGCACAAAAUUAUGUUAUCCAUGAGAUCAAAUGUGAAAAAAUUUAAGCUCGUCAUAUUUCAGAGCAAUCACGGAGCCAGCAAGUCCCUCGGUGUCUGUAGCAGCUCCCAGUGAAGUUCCACGUGGUACAUUCGAUGAUGGGACCUUCCUUCGACCAGAAACACCAAAAGAAAUGACAACGCAGGAGAUCUAUGAACAGGAGGAAAUUCUGAAGCUUAGACGUGAGCACCUGAAGCGAGAUGAAGCCGACAUACUCAUGGAGAAGGAUCGGCUGGAAAGAGAGAGGAAUCUGCACAUCAGAGAGAUGAAAAGGAUUCAAUGUGAAGAGCAGUCGAGGUUCAAGAAUCAUAUUGUGCUGAAUGAACGAUAUUUGUUGAUGUCAUUGCUGGGCAAAGGAGGCUUUAGGUAUGUGUUUUCAAUAUUUUUUUGUUGGAUUUUAGGGAAGGAGGCGUUGACUUAAAAAAUUUGGACAUUUUUUGGCAAAUUUAAUACCUAAAAUAAGGAAAUGUUGAUUUUUUUUUUGAUGUAAAACGGUAAUCAAGAUGAAAUCCAAAUUUUUAUGAUGGAAAUUAUGUUGUAUUCACGACCAUUAGAUAGCAGAAUUUGAAAUUUUUUUAAGUUAAUGUCGAAAUUUUUUCAGCGAAGUGUGGCGGGCCUAUGAUCUGGAUGAGAACCGCUACGUCGCCUGCAAGAUUCAUCAUGUGAACAAGGAAUGGAAAGAAGACAAAAAAGCGAAUUAUGUGAAACACGCGAUGCGAGAAAAGGACAUUCACAAAACCCUCCACCAUCCACGAAUCGUCCAACUGUUCGACCUCUUCACCAUCGACAACGACUCCUUCUGCACGGUGCUGGAGUAUUGUGAUGGGAACGACUUGGACUUCUACCUGAAACAACAUAAACAGAUCACGGAAAAGGAGGCCCGAUCCAUCAUAAUGCAGAUUGUGAGCGCUCUGAAGUAUCUCGGCGAACGGAAGCAUCCGAUUAUACAUUAUGACCUGAAGCCGGCCAAUAUUUUAUUGCAGUCCGGAACUGCCGGAGGGGAAAUUAAAAUCACGGACUUUGGGCUCUCAAAGACGAUGGAGAACUCGGAUGACGGAGACAGCAUCGAGCUGACUUCACAAGGAGCUGGAACUUAUUGGUAGGUCAUUUUGGAAUUUUUUGUUUUGAUUUUAGGCCAGAUGGAGACGAUUUUAGAAAAAAAAUGAAUUUUUAAUCGAGUUGCGGUUGAAAAAAGUUCGUCAUAAAUCCAAGAGCUGUAUCAUUACAGAAUAUUUUGUUCUACGGAGUUUUUAUUCUUCAACACCCUCGCCGCUAAAAUUUCAUGAGCUUUUAAAUUUUUUGCCUAGUGUAAUUUAAAGUUUUUGGAUUUUAAAUUGGAAAGGUCUACUUUUUCAAAAAUUGUUGAUAGUGAAUAUCUAUAAAUAAGUAAUCACCAUCCUUUCUAGGUAUUUGCCACCAGAAACCUUCCAAUCUUACUCCCAUGGUUACACACCAAAGAUCAACUCGAAAGUGGACGUUUGGAGUGUUGGUGUCAUUUUGUAUCAAUGCUUGUAUGGGAAGAGAGUAAGUGUGGUGGGCCGGGGUUUUGGGACUUUUUUGGAUAAAGGAUAAAUCGUAAGGUUUUAAUUGGGUUGGCGAGCUGCGCCCUAACCUUACUUUAAAAUUCGGUGUUCAAAUUGUGGUAAAUGGUUUUUUGGAUAUCUUGCGAUUGAGAUGUUGUUUUAGAAAAUGUUUUAGCUUGUAUCAGAAGUUUUUUUAUUUAUUAAUUUAUUAAGCUAUCUUACACUUGACAUUAAUUUCUCAAUUUUUUAGCCGUUUGGUCACGAAAGGACCCAGCAGCAGAUCCUCCAAGAGAAAACAAUCCUCAACGCCUCCGAGGUCUCCUUCCCAUCGAAUCCGCGGGUCAGCCAGGUCGCGCAAGACUUUAUCCGCGCCUGUCUCCAAUACCGAAAAGAAGAGCGGGCCGAUGUGUUCCAACUCUCGCAACACGAGUUCUUCCGACCCAAAACCGCAUCACGCAACGUCAACAUAUGA